AUGAAGAUAGUUCGUUAUACCAUCCUGGAGAAAGAACAUCAAAAUGAUCCUGACUGCAGCGUCAGUGGCUCGAAAGAUGAGCAAGGUCGAGAACUUGACACGACCGAAAAUGAAGAAAAAGACGAUACUGACGAUGUCGAAGAUGCAGAUGAUGAGAACGAUGAUGAUGAUGAUGACAAUGAUGAUUCAGGAAAUGAUGGUGAUAAUGGAGCUAAUCCAAAUUAUGACAGUGAAUCUCCUCUUUUGGUCGGACCUGAUUAUGACACUGUUCCCGAAAGAUCUCCAGCUCAGAAAUCACCUUCCAACAGUGAUGGCACAAGGGAAGCAUCACAACAAGAUGAAGACGUCUCAACUAAUCAUCCUGAAGAUCUAUCUCGAGCCCUCGUUCCACAUGUUCAACCCAUGGACGAGACUCCAAUAAAACGAGAGGAAGCAGUUGUACAUGAGGGUAACCUGGAAGCCUCCCCAAUUCUUCUCAGCUCGGGUAGUGGUGGCAAAAAGGAUGCACCACUUCAAGGAGAUCAAGUUGAAACCCCACAAACCAACAUUGAAGAAGAAUCUCCUCCAGUGUCCCCACGAGUAGUCAUGAAUCUCAUGAGAGAAACAGUCCAUGCUGCCGAAACCAUACAUCAACAGUACUUGAUUCUUAGGCAAAGGGACACCAAUGUCUUGGAGGACUUGUCCAAGAAGGUGGAUCAGUUGAUAGCUGCACAAGCUCAACCUCAUCCGCCACCACAAGAGCCAUCUCAACCUCCACCGCAAGCUAAUCCUGACCGACAAUUUCACAAGCGCGUGGCUAAGGAACUCCAUGAACUCAAUACCGCUGUCAACAAAGUGGCUCACCAACAGCACGAACUCAAGCACUCACACUUCAGUCUCAAAGAGCGUGUUGACUUAGCUUGCUCCAAGAUAGAUACUUCCCAAGACAACGCAUACCAACUGGGACAAUAUGCUCUUCAAACUCUCGGGUAUGCCCAAGACAUUCUGAAUGCAGUUAAUCAACUCUCCGUCAUUCCUCCUACCACUUGUGCCGAUGAUGCCAAAAAGGGGGAAAAGCGACACCAUGAUAAUGAUAGGGAUGACGAUCAUCCGAGGGAAAACACGAGAGAACGCUCACGCUCUCCAUCUCUUGCACUAAGGGAUUCUGGGCAAAGAAGUACAAAUCCUCCAUCCAAGUCUCGUGGUCACCAUCCUUCCCAGACAAGACACUAUUCAAAUCGGGGCCAUUCCCAACCCAGAUCACAGUCUCUCAAGCAACAUCAAUCCUAUGGUUCUGAAUCACAAUUUGUAUUUGCUGGGCUCUCCAAGUGA